AGUGCAAGUCGCAUCGCAAGGCAAGUCGUCCGUUUGUCAUAGAUUCGUCGAGAAAAAAGAGUUGUUAAAUAAAGCAAACUAUGGAAAACUUUAAAGGAUUGCAAAAAACUUUAUUCAUUUGGUCAUCAUCGACUCAAGCAUCCAUGGAAAAAAAUAUCAAUGACAUAAAAGGAAUAACUGGAGGCGAAGUUCUGGUGGAAAACAUCGAUCGAAUUUCGAUUGCUUCACAUCCCAAUUCAACAUUUGACCUUAUUGUCGUAGAAGGUGCCCGUUCCUCUGAUGCAUUUGCUAAACUUUUAAGCCUUCUUAAGCCGUCUGGGAAACUACACUUGCAGAAGUACGAAGGCAAUGCAGAAAUCGUCUGUCAAGAAUUAAAACUUUCUGGAUUUCUUGAUAUUAAUAAGUCAAUUGAUUCAAUAACUUGCCAGAAACCCGCCUAUGAAGUUGGCUCAGCUGUGAAAUUGUCCUUUGCCAAAAAAGAUGUUGCAGCUGUUUGGAAAAUCGACGCAAACGAUGGCGAAGAACAGGAAACUAUUGAUGAAGAUGAUUUGCUAGAUGAAGAGGACAAAGCCAAACCAAAUCCAGAAUCUUUGAGAGUUUGUGGAACGACUGGCAAGAGAAAAGCUUGCAAAAAUUGUUCAUGUGGGCUGGCUGAAGAAUUGGAGGCAGAAAAAUCAAAAGCCACUGUUGAAACACAAAAUGCUAAGUCCAGCUGUGGAAGUUGCUACUUGGGUGAUGCUUUCCGUUGUUCUACUUGUCCGUAUUUGGGAAUGCCAGCUUUUAAACCUGGCGAGAAGGUUCAGCUUGGUGGAAAUCUACUAAAAGAUGACAUUUAAUUUAUAACACUAUCACAAAUUUUUGUUUUAUAAGACCACUUUAAAAAUUUAAUAAAAGCAAAUUCUAUUUUUUAA